AUGAAUUCAAUUAAUAUUGUCUUUAUAACCACUUUAUUAUUUAUUUACGUUAGUGGAGAAUUUGAUACCCGAAUUGAAGAUGACGGUGCAAGAAGGAGGGAGCAACACACGUCUUCUGGACACCAUUCUCUUGCUGAUGAAGAUUUUGAAGCUGAAGAUGAUCAGUUCAUGGAAGAGAACAACCCAGAUUCUUCUAAUCCCCAAGAUAGUGAACAAAGUGUUGGUGAUGAAGACGAUGACGAUAGUGAUGAUAAUGACAGUAAAUCUAAUGAAUCAGACGACCAACUUCAAGACGGGAUAUUUGAUCAUCAUGCUGUCAAUGAUUAUAAUAACUAUCAUAGAGAACAUUAUAAGUUUAAUAAUAAUAAUAAAAUAAAUUCGGGAAAUAAAAAGGAUAAUAUAAAUCAUCAAAAGGGGGAGAAUAGAAAUGAAGCAUAUGGUAGCGUUAACGGAUAUCCACAUCAACCAUAUGACUUCUAUAAUGACUACGAUUUCUAUGAAGAUUUUCAUGAUAAUCAUAACUACUACAGACCUUAUGAACCAGAUGGAAGACAUCCUAAUUAUACACAGCCGCAUAAUGAGAACGAAGAGAAACCGCAUAAAGAAACCGAAGAGGAUAUUUAUAGAAGGCAUGAAUAUAUUCUAAGAAAUUGGCAUGAAAUACAUUAUGGUAAUGCAUAUGGUCAUGCAUCGUAUCAUCCUAGAAAGUAUAAUAAAUAUUAUGAUCAUCGUGGACAGGAUGGAAGGCAUUCACCGAACAAUAAACAUGAUGGCCAUCAUCAUCGCAGGGAUGACAAUCGCAGAAAGGGUAAUUAA